UGAGAAUACAGUACAUGAGACAUCGUUCAUAUUUACUCCUCGUCUACAGCGCUUACUCGAUUUUUUAAACAUUUGCGAAGUAAACUGGAUCUCUUCUACCUUCUCGAAGCAUCAGCAGUAGCGGCAGUGAGCGGCGUCUCGCAGCGGAGAUGCCGGGCGCCUGCUGGUUUCUGUGCGUCUUCGCUCCGGCGGCCCUCGGCAGGCAGCUCAACCUGGCUUGUCUCAACUCCACGUACAUCCUCAAUGUCGUGCUGCUGGAGGACGAUGACGGCUCGCAGUGGAGUAUGAAGGACGUGGAAUUAGCGGUGGAUAGCGCCAUCGAAAAGGACAAAGAACUAAACGCGGCAGCAGGUGUGAAUUUCAGCUUAACUGCUAACUAUCGUGGGUUCAACACCUCCCUGUACACACGCAAGGGGUGUCCCAGCAGUGCCUGCGGGGGCGUGGGCAUAUUAAAGGAGCUGAUUAAACAGAACGAGGUCGGCUGCGCCAUGUUGGGACCGUCCUGCACGUACGCCACCUUCCAGCUCGUCGACGCGGAGGUCGGGAUAAACCUGAGCAUCCCCAUCAUCUCGGCCGGCAGCUUCGGCCUGUCCUGCGACUACAAGGGCAACCUCACCCGGAUUCUGCCCCCGGCGCGCAAGAUCUCCAGCUUCUUCGUGUACUUCUGGAACUUCACUCACCCGGGCCUCAAGCCGCGAUGGGAGACCGUUUUCAUCUACAAGAAGCCUGACAACACAGAGGACUGCUUCUGGUAUAUUAAUGCUUUAGAUUUUGACAACUCAAUCAGCAAGGAAAUACUGAGAACAAAGGAGAAGGUGAAGGAGAAACUACAGAAGAAAGACAGGGAAAGCAACUUGUUCAUCCUCUGUGGAUGUCAGGAAGAUUUCCUCGAUCUGACACGGGGGGUGAAGCUGGAUUCCAGCGUACUCUUCAUUCUGAUUGACCUUUACAACCAUGACUACCAUCGAAACACGACAGCUGACUCAGCCAUGCAGAAUGUUCUAGUCCUCACAGUACCAUACCAGAGAAACUACUCCAGUUAUUCCUACAACCUUUCAGGAUUAGAACAGAUAAAGAGACUGAGUGACUAUGUCAUAGGGUAUCAUGACAGUGUCCUGCUCUUUGGACACGUGCUAAGGCAGAUGGCAGAAUCACCCCCCGUCAGCAUGGAAAACAGUGUCGAGCAGGAGGUCUUGACAAGUAGUCCCUUCAGGAACAUCUCCUUCGAAGGAAUGGCUGGGCACUAUGUACUGGAUGAAUAUGGGGACAGGGAUGUGAAUCUUUCCAUCCUUUACGUGGACAAUGUUGACAAUCAGUACAAGCUUCUGUUUGAGUUUGACACGUCCACCAACGUGACCACAGUCGUCAAUGAGAAGCCUUGUUGCUUCCUGUGGACUGAUGGAGGUCUCCCGGAUGACCGCCCCCCAGUAAACGGUAACAAGCUCAACAUCGUAGUGCUAAUCCUGGGGAUCGUCUUGCUGGUGAUGUCAGCCAUUGCUUUCGUGUUCUACAGGCAAAACAAAAGAGCACGUGAGAUCAAGAAGAGGUGGUCCCAUAUCGAGUCUGGCCUCAUUUUUCCCGUGGAUGGGAAGGAGCACAGCCUAGUCUCCUUGAAGAUUGAUGAAGACCACAGGAAAGAGAGCACUGAGAGAAUGCAUGUGGCUCGCUACGACAAAAAGAUUGUGAUCCUUAAAGAGCUCUACCACACAGACGGCUAUUUUAGCGAGACCCAGAGGAUCGAGCUCAAUGCGCUGCUACGCAUCGACUACUACAACUUGACGAAGUUCUAUGGCACGGUCAAAUUCGAGCACGGCGUCUUUGGGGUAUUCGAGUACUGCGAACGGGGAUCCCUGAGGGUAGGAAUGGAAGUACCCGGCUGGACUGUCCGUGAUGGAUGGCCUGUCAUUUGGGUUUACCCAGUGACUGAAUAUAUGGCCGUAUUUACAGCUAGCAAGCUAAUAAAAGCUCUUCUCGUCACAAACCCACAGCUCUCUUCCAUAUACCUUUCCUCCUUGCAGUAUGUACUGGAUGAUAAAAUCUCCUACCCAGAUGACACCUUUAUGGACUUGGAGUUCAAGACUUCGGUCAUGUAUGACAUUGCCAAGGGCAUGUCUUACCUCCACUCCAGCAGCAUCAGUGUCCACGGGCGCCUGAAGUCCACCAACUGUGUGGUGGACAACCGCAUGGUGGUGAAGAUCACCGACUUCGGCUGUAAUACCAUCCUGGUCCCGGGCAAAGACCUGUGGACGGCGCCGGAGCACCUGCGCAGGCGGGGCGUCUCCCAGAAGGGUGACGUGUACAGCUACGCCAUCAUCGCACAUGAGAUCAUGCUGAGGAAGGCCCCCUUCUACACCAGGGCCUGCUCCGACACGGCAGAGAAGCUGUUCAGAGUGGAGAACCCCACACCCACAUGCUUCUUCAGACCUGACCUCGGCUUUCAGGCGCAGGGAGAGGCAGAACAGGAGCUGCACGGACUCAUUAAGAACAGCUGGGAGGAGGACCCAGAGAAAAGACCGGACUUCAAGAAGAUUGAGAGCUCCCUGAGCAAGAUUAUCAGUAACCUCCAUGACCGCGCCAAUGAAAGCUACAUGGACAACCUGAUCCGGCGGCUGCAGAUGUACUCCCGCAACCUGGAGCACCUGGUGGAGGAGCGGACGGCGCUGUACAAGGCCGAGAGGGACCGUGCCAACUGCCUCAAUGUCAUGCUGCUGCCUGCUCCCGUAGUGCGGUCCCUGAAGGAGACGGGCCACGUGGAACCAGAGCUCUUCGAGGAGGUGACCAUCUACUUCAGCGACAUAGUGGGCUUCACCACGCUCUGCCAGUACAGCACGCCCAUGGAGGUGGUGGACAUGCUCAACGACAUCUACAGGAACUUCGAUAGCAUCCUCGACAACCACGAUGUUUACAAGGUAGAGACCAUUGGCGAUGCCUACAUGGCGGCAUCAGGGCUUCCACGCAGGAACGGGAACAGGCAUGCUGUGGACAUCUCCCGCAUGGCUCUGGAUAUCGUGUCCUUCCUGGGCAGCUUCAAGUUACGCCACAUACCCAGCUUGCCUGUAUGGAUGCGCAUCGGGGUCCACUCAGGUCCCUGCGCUGCUGGGGUAGUGGGUGUGAAAAUGCCGCGUUACUGCCUGUUUGGAGACACUGUUAACACCGCCUCCCGGAUGGAGUCCACGGGCCUCCCUCUGCGAAUCCACAUCAGUCAGCCCACUAUUGAAAUCCUCCAGAGGACAGACUGCAAGUUUGAGUACGAGAGGAGAGGGGAGAUCUACCUUAAAGGUAAAGGCACUGAGACGACCUACUGGCUGACGGGCGUCACUGGGGAGGCGUAUAACCUGCCCACCCCCCCCGCGGCGGAGAACUUCCAGAGACUGCAGGAGGACCUGGCGGGGAUGAUCAGGUCCACCCUGGAGAAGCGGGGGCGCACGGAGGGGCUGGACAGGAGUAACACCCUCUCCAUCCGAGGGAGGAGGAGGAAGAGGGACGAAGGCCAGGCUGACUACCAACCGGAGUACCUUCACUUGCCCACACUCAACGAUUUUACCACAUACCUAUAGCUCUGCUUGCAGGUGACAACGAAAGCAGCCUCUGCUGGAGUCCAGCUCUGUGGUUCUCACAGACAAUGAGUCUCCAUUAUUCUGUCAGUGACACUUCACUAAAACCAGAAGAGCCGACUAACAACCAGGGCCUGAACCUGUGAGACAACUUGACAAUAUACUCAGUAAUGUUGCCUCCCAAUCAUCUGCCUAGAGAGAUGUCAAUCUAACAAAUUUAACCCAUAUAUCCUAUAUUUAUCUUGUAAAACCAGUUGUCCACAAAAAAGUAUAUGAUCUUUAUAUAUGUUUUUUUUUCUUCUAAUACUAUUGGUUUUUCCUUUGCAACUUUAUUUUUGAUUUUCCAGAGUUUUUUUCACUUGUUAUUUCACAGCACUUAUUAUUGAUAUCCUAAUAUUGCAUUUCAUGUAGCUCUGAUAGUUAGUGAUAUGUAGUGUUGUAGUUCUCGAGACCGGUCUUGGUCUCGAGACCAAUUUUUGGUGGUCUCGGUCUUGUCUUGGUCUCGACUCUAUUUGGUCUCGGUCUUGUCUUGGUCUCGGACAUAGCGGUCUCGAUGG